GGAAGAAGCAACACUGCGCGUGAUGUAUCAACAUCCUGUUCGUAUUCUAUGGAGCAGCCCGAAGUAGUCGACGCAGCCAACGUAAAUUUAAUGAUCGCGGUGGCUUAAAUGAACGUUGUUGCUUGUGAUUAACCCGUGCUCGAGAACGCUGAACUCACCAGCAUGGCUCCCGGUGGACCUGCGGAGAAAAAGAAUAACGUCCUUCCGUUAUGGGGCAACGACAAAACGAUGAACCUGAAUAACUUGAUACUCACGAACAUACUGUCGUCGCCGUACUUCAAAGUAAACCUUUACAAGUUGAAGACAUACCACGAAGUUGUGGACGAAAUUUAUUACAACGUGCAGCACUUGGAGCCAUGGGAAAAAGGAAGCAGAAAGACAUCGGGCCAGACUGGCAUGUGCGGAGGGGUACGGGGAGUUGGUGCAGGCGGGAUUGUGUCCACUGCAUUCUGCAUCCUCUACAAGCUCUUCACGCUCAAGUUAACUCGCAAGCAAUUGGUUGGCCUAUUGAACCACUGUGACUCCCCUUACAUCCGUGCACUGGGGUUUAUGUACAUCAGGUUCACACAGCCACCUGCAGACCUUAUUGAUUGGUAUGAACCGUACCUUGAUGAUGAAGAGGAGCUGGAUGUGAAAGCAGGUGGUGGCCAGGUGCUGCGCAUUGGUGACAUGCUGCGCCACAUGCUCACGAAGCUGGAGUGGUUUGCCACCUUGUUCCCUCGAAUUCCGGUGCCCAUCCAGAAGGAGAUUGAGCGCAGGCUUUCUUUGCGCCCACCCGCGUUGGCCCCAGCUGCCCAAGCACCAAGCGAUGAGCCAGUGGCCACUGAACCAGAAACACCUGCUGCAAAUGAGAGAGCAGUGUCACCGGAACCGAGACGCAGGAGGAGCCCCUACACACGUGAAUCCCCCAGCGGCCGUGAAGUACCAAGAGACUCUAGCUGGGAUCGAGAACGUCAGAGGUCGCGCAGGAGCAGAAGCAGGGAGCGCCAUCGGGAGCGGCAUCAUAGGAGCCGAAGCCCGCGGGAUGCAAAACCACACCACAGCCAUGAGAGGUCACGUGAUGAAAAAGGACGGGAAGAAUGGCCACGUGAGGAAAGGGCUCGUGAUGAAAGGUCCAGGGAUGAAAGACCUCGUGACGACAGGUCCCGUGAGGAUAGGUCACGUGAUGACAGGUCCCGUGAGGAUAGGUCACGUGAUGACAGGUCCCGUGAGGAUAAACAACGGGAUGACAGGUCCCGUGAGGAUAGACCACGCGAUGACCGAUCCCGUGAGGAAAGGUCACGAGAUGAUGGAUCACGCAGUGAUAGGUCACGUGAAGACAGGGCUCGAGAUGAUCGAAUGCGAGAGGAGAAGUUGGAGCGCCGUAAAGAAAGCACAAGUCACCGUCACCGUUCGAGCCCUGAACGCAGUAGGCAUAACGACCGCACUCGAGAACAUACCUCACACGAUCAUCGAACAUCAUCACGGAAGGAGCGUUCCUUCUCUCCUGUGACCAGGAAUCAUCACAGAUAAAUCUCUUUUCUUCUUUGCUUGCAUUUUUUUUUUAAUUCACUGCAGCACUUCUGCUGCCUGGAGGUCUUUGGCUGUUGCAUACUUUAUUUUGCCUUCUAUUGUUUCAUUUCACGUGCAGCAUAACAGCUCUGAAUGUGUUGUAAUGGUUUAAACAAACCAAUUGAUGUUUUAUUUGACAUGUCGAGGCAUUGAACAAAAAUAGGGGAAUGUUUGUGACAGUGAAUUUGUGUGGGAACAUGUAACAUCAGCAACUGACAAAAAAGUACCAUACUUACUUGAAUCUGAUGUCCAAAUACCAACACUGUGUAACACGGUUUUGGAUUCAUAUUCAACUGGAACACGCAGGCACUUUUUUGGCCUAUUUUAACGGAAAAAAGGCGUGCAUUGGAUUCGGGUAAAUGCAGUAUAAUCUUCCUUACCAUCAUAAUAUAUAUAAAAGAUCUUUUUCCAUACACUGUAGGGCUGAUAAGUUCUUGUGGGACCAUGCAAAUGGGUGCUCCACACAAGAUUUCAGCCAGAUAAUUUUUGUCUCAUGAUAGAUUGUCAACCAUGUUCAUCACAACUCAUGGAUGCUCACAAAGAGUAUGUACAGUUUGGUUAAUGUAAUAUUGUAUGUAUGGCAGGUUGUUGUAAGUAAAUCUGUAAAAAUAAGCGGUUCUGCUUGACAUCACAUUUCAUUUCACUUGGGGCUGUUUCAUUGAAAUCACCAAAUGUAUAGAAGUCACAUCCAUUUACUUCUAGAUUUCUGUGCCCCUGAGACUUAUUCUGCUUUUCAGUGGUGAAAUCCCAAAUUUGUGCUAUGCGUGAUGGCAGAUUUGUGGCUUUCUCCAAAAAUUGUUCUUAAGAUUGUUGGCAUGUUAUAUUUUUAGGGAAGUGGCCAAGCAGCUGGCUAAGUUUUCAUACGUGUUUAUCAUUAAUUACAUCAAAAGAUAAUAAAUCUUUUCAUUCCUGGUA